CCUGCCUCUCCGCUGGGUGUCAGUCGGGAGGCGGACCACAGGAAACGCUCGAGGAAAAACCGAGUCCGACUGAAUGAGAGAAUCAGUCACAAUUCUGCAACUGCUGCAGACGGCUAGUGGAACUCGGGAAGGAGGGAGGGAGGCAAGCUGGAACUACACUAGCUAUAAAUAGACAACAACAGGACUUGUAUGUAGAGCGCUGAUGUUGACACAGUUGAAACAACAGCGUUUAUAUUAAUACUUUUAAGUCCGGAUAUUUGUGUGGAGAUUUACCCCGUUCUUGCUCAGUGAUGUUGGAAAGCAGCGUCAAGGUGCUGAAAGAAGGUCUGAUGGAGAAAAGGAGCGAUGGUUUGCUUCAGCUGUGGAAGAAGAAGCGCUGCUUUCUAACGGAAGAGGGGCUUCUCCUUCACCCACCGAAACAGCACGACCAGCAGCAGCACCAGAACCGUCACCAAAUCACGGCCAGCGAGCCCGGCAAGAUCAAAGAACUGCUCUUUUCCAACAUGAAGACGGUGGAUUGCGUCGAGAGGAAGGGCAAAUACGUUUAUUUCACAGUGGUGAUGGCAGAGGGCAAAGAGAUUGAUUUUAGAUGCCCCCAAGAAGAAGGCUGGAAUGCCGAAAUCACUUUGCAAAUGGUACAGUAUAAGAACAGACAGGCUAUCCUGGCAGUGAAAUCGACCAGACAAAAACAGCAGCACCUGAUAGUAGCACACGGGCACAACAUCAUCAAGAACUCUCUAGCGUGAUGCACACAGGCAGCAAGCUGGGGCUGGAGCCCCGAGAACGGCGGUUACGAACGGGGCACAUUCAGCCAGUGGAAGGAUUCAUGCAGCUUGAUUUUUUUGUCUUCUGUUGAUCGAUGGACUGAGAACAAGUCACCAUAAAUUCGAACUGAAAAACUGGUAAUUCAUUUGAGAUGGAAUCAACAUUGUGGAAUAAGACAUCCGUUUUCACAAAGCGUGCCGUUUUAUAGACUAUAAACUAAUUUAUGAGAACUACGAUUUGAAAUAUUCACACUCAGCAUGGAACGAAUCGCGACAUUGUAUUUUAAUGUAUUGUAUUUAUUAGUUAAUUAUUACUUGCUAUACUAUGUAUGACAUUGAAUGUAAGAACGCAGUCUGCUAAUGGAAGUAUAUUGUUCUGCUCUCGCCGAAUCCACUUGAAAGCUAUCCUUACCGGCUGGCUAAAUUUGAAGGAUGAGACUAAAAAUGUAUAUGGCAGUAUGGCACAAGUUUAAACCGUUAGUGUAUUAUUAAAUGUUUAAGAUCAGCUAUACUAUGCUGCACGUUACGCGUUUCCUGUAAAACAAACAGUCGACAAAUACACAGUACCAUUUCUCCUAAGCAAUUAUACAGUUCUUUCUCAAGGACAUGAAUGUUUAUACUCACUAAUAACCUGAGCUGGUUACUAAAGUAACAUUGUUCAGAAUUAACCAAAAUGUAACGCGUAGGAAA